CAUGAUUCAAGGACCCUGGUGUUUCCUUCACUUCUGUUUGAGUUACAAUGCAGAAGAUGUGUUAUCCCGUCACCGCAGAGAGGGGGCGCUGCAGCAGUCAGCUGGAGUCUCGGAGAAGAAGAAGAAGCAGCGGAAGCGGAAAUGAGGCAGUUGUGUUUUGAAAGAGGGAAAUUUAAAACUCGACGGUGUGAAACAGAAAUGAAUAAAAGCAUCGAGAGCCAGAGGAACAUGAGCUGAACGGAGCCGAACUUACAGUUCUCACCAACAUGAAGAAGGUGAGAAGCUCACGGCUGCAGGACGCCGGCAACAUGGGGGAGGACUGUUGUGUUUUGUGCAGAUUGAGUGAUGACGAUCCGGCCAUGUUUGGAGAAAAGGUCACGGUGAAAGAACUCAAACUCACCGUCCACUACUUCUGUUUGCUGACGUCCUGUGGAGUUUACCAGCGAGGGCAGGACAAUGAGGGAGUUUUUGGUUUCCUGGUGGACGACAUCAAACAGGAGAUGAGACGGUCGGCUCGACUGACUUGCUGCAGCUGUAAGAAGAAGGGGGCGUGUGUCGGCUGUUACGUCAGGAGCUGCAGGAGGACGGUUCACUUCCCCUGCGGGAGGAAGAAGAAGUUCAUCUCUCAGUUCAGUGGCCUUUUCCCGUCGUAUUGUCCGGAUCACAGUCCCACUCAGUCUCUGUGUGUGGGCUCAGACCUCAGUCUGCCUCAGUCCUGCUCCGUCUGUUUGGACACCAUCGACCCCGUCCUGUCCUACUCCGUCCUCAAAUGUCCGUGCUGCCACGCCAGCUGGUUCCACAGGGAGUGUGUACAGCGUCAGGCCCACAGCGCUGGCCUCUUCUUCUUCAGAUGUACUCUCUGUAACAACAAGGAGAGCUUCCAGGAGGAGAUGCUCAGGAUGGGAAUCUACAUCCCGGAGAGAGAUGCUUCAUGGGAGUUGGAGGCCAACGCAUAUUCUGAGCUGCUGGAGGUUUACAACCACUGUGACGCUGUCACCUGCCUCUGCAAUGACGGACCCACACACUCCGCAAAGACCGGGUGGUUUGAGGUGAUUCGCUGUCGACUGUGUGGAUCCAGAGGAACUCACAGGAAAUGUUCGGGGCUGAAGCUGCACACCAGAGACUGGGCCUGCAGCGACUGCACACAGGCUACGGACGGGAAAGCCUCCCUGGUUGCGUCUCCUCAGAGCGCUCCAAGAAAGAGUCUGCUGUCCAAACGCCACCUGUCCCCCAUCCACUCCUCCAUCAGCUGUAAAAGGCCAUCGUUACCGGUCACAGCUGGGUCCCCUGAGGAGCUCCUGCUGGCGUUAGCCCCUCAGCUCCGUCCACUCACUGUCCAGGUGGAGGUGAGUGGGUAUCAGGCUCUGUUUGCUGGUCUGGAUCUGGUCCGGAGGCCCAACUUCGACCCCACGUGCACUCUGUCUGUCAGGUUCCACGAUGAGAAGCAAACUGCGUUUCCCAGCAGCCUCAGGGACGGCCAAACGGCCAGGCAGUACUUCCUGAAGCUGCUGGUGCAGCAGAUCCAGGACUCUGCGGUGUUUGAGGGUCCACAUGGAUCCAAAAAUCUGGCUCUGGAUUAUCAGGCUCUGCGUGAUGACCUCUACUUUGACGUCGGCUGCCUGCUGGCUCUCUCUCUGCUUCACGGCGGUCCACCUGUCAGCUUCUUCUCCCGCGGGCUCUACCAGUGUCUGUUCAACUACCCACCAAACCGCCCCCUCACUGUCGCACACAUGACCCCCGACGCACACUUCACACGCCAAGUCAGCAGGAUCAAGGAGGCGGAGUCUUUAGACAGCCUGAAGGAAGCCGUGACUUCCAGUUGGGAGUACCUGGAGAUGGCUGGUUGCAACCGGCCAAUCCGGAGCCUGGAGGAGAGGGAGGCGCUGGUGGAGGAUUUGGUCAGCUUCAGUUUGAUCACCAGGAUGCAGCUCCCACUGCAGAGGUUUCGUGAAGGUUUGCAGACGUUAGGCGUCUUUGAUCAGGUGCAGCUUUUCCCGUCCGUGUUCUACGGCGUUUUCUGCGAAGCAGCGGGUCGUCUCACGGCUCAGACGGUCGGUCAACUCUUCAUCAUCAACUUGUCAGAGCAGGAGGAGAAGCUGGACAGGGAGACGCCCGUCGUCACCUUCUGGAGACACCUCCUGCUGGAGUGUGAAGUUGGAAGGAGCUCCAUUUCCUUGCAGGACCUCCUUCUCUUUGCCACAGGAGCUGAGGAGCCUCCAGUUACCGGCCUCCUCCAUCCUCCCUCCAUCUCCUUCCUCCACCCCUUCAGCUCCUCCUCACCAGGAGUGGAGGAGAUGGGCAGAUCAGGGGAGGAGGAGUGGAGUGAUGGGGGGCUCUUCCCUCAGAGCGAGCCCAGCUCCAAGCACCUCCUCCUGCCCGUCACCUCCUCCUACCAGUCCUUUAAGAGCUGCAUGGAGCAGGCCAUCAGCCACCACGUGCACCUCCUCCCUGCGGAGCGUUAGAGUUGUUUCGAUCUUUCUCUGAAAAUCGCCACGUUGCUAAAUAAUGAGCAGGACAUUUACAGCAAUAUCUGAUUUUUAUAUAUAACGUAAAGAUUAAAGAUGAGUUUUUCAAGUGAUGACCUCAUCGUUUCAGUUCCAGUCACAUUAACUCAGAAAUGUAUAAUUGUUUUAUUACAUGAUUUCAUCCCCUCAGUUUUUAUAUAUAUUUUUAUCCCUUGUUUCUCUGGUGAAGCUGAUAAAUGAAAUGUCUGUUCGGACGCUGCUCAGACUUUAGGUGACAUUAAAAAACUAUUUGUCUUUUCUAUUAAAUAUCAAACACGUGGUAAAAUUAUCCUAUUUUAUAUUUUGCUAAAUAUCUUUCAUCUUUCACGGAGGUGAUUUUCUAACUUUGCUCUUAAGAGUUACUUUUAGUGCAGUUGUGUUUUUAUUGUACAUACUUGAGCUUUUAUUUGUUUUUCUUGGUGUUUUUCUCUCGUUUGACGUUUUCUUUCUUUGACUUUGGAAGAUAAAUAAAAAGUGAAAUGUU